AUGUCAGAAGAAGCAGUAGAGACACAAGCAGUCAAAGUUGCAACAGAAGCUGCGGAAGCUUUCACAGACGCCUUCUACACUGCACUCCAAGGCUCUCGGCAUACACUUGCGGACUACUAUAUUCCGCAUCAGACACUGCCCGAUGGCAAGAUAGUCCCCAAAAUCGCCUGGAACGGCAAUGUCCUCCACGACGGACCCGCGGUCCAGACCUUCUUCGAGAACGAAAUGCCCUUUACACACUACCAAGUGCAUUCGCUCAAUUGCCAUAUCCUCAAAGUUGCUCCCAUUCAGCCGCCACCUACGAACCCGCGAGACGUAGAGAGGAAUUUUUCCAUCAUCAUAACGGUCAACGGCGAUGUAAGACUAGAGGAGGCCACGAAAGGACCAUUGAGAGGGUUCGCAGAGAGCUUUGUCAUGGUACCGAACACGAAUCCGAAAGUUGGGCAUAGCUGGGUCAUACAGGCGCAGAACUUUAGAUAUGUUGUCUGA